GCAGUCCCGUGCCUUCCUGCUCACUCUUUCACAUGACGAGAAUCACGCCGCGGUCGAAUGUGGACUCGACCAGAACCGGAUCAGAACCAUCCAACAAGACUUCGAUUCAUGGAGUCCUUUCCCACCUUCACCUGACAGGCCUGUCCUCUGUCCCAUCUGACCAUGUCUCCCCUGUCGUCACGCUCGUCUGUCUUCACAUUCCAGUCGGCAGUGCACACUUCCUGGGUUCUCCAAAGGUUGAAUGAGCAGCGGCUCCAGGACGUUCUGUGCGAUGUGACCAUUCUAGUGCAGGACCAGAGCUUCAGGGCCCACGCCUCGGUGCUGGCAGCCUGCAGCCACUACUUCCACAGCAGGCUCCCAGGGCCAGGGGCCAGCCAGCAGUGCCCCAUCCUCACACUGCCCCAAGAGGUGACCGUGGAGGGUUUUGAGCCUCUGCUGCACUUUGCCUACACCUCCAAGCUCCUCUUCACCAAGGAGAACAUCCAUGCCAUCCACAGCAGCACCAACAUCCUGGGCUUCCAUAACUUGGAAUUGUCCUGCUUUGACUUCCUUCUGCCCAAAUUCUCUGAGGUCAAAAAAAGUCAAACGGAUUCACGGCUAUUUUGGUAUAAAAAAAACAACUCCCACACUCUAACUACUGACAACAUUAGCAACCAACAAGCUUCAUGUGAACCUUGUAGCUCAAGGACUGAACGACCCAAUAACAUAACGUCUUCCCAUUGUCCAUUGGAGACUUCACAGACGCCCAGCAAAGAAGACCACUUGUGCUUGGAGAAUUGUGGACCUCAAAUUCCCCCCUUAACCCUAAACUUAACCGCAGCUGGGGAAUGCCCAAUUUUGUCCAUGCAAUGCGCCGAUUCAAGCAAAGCCGACCACCCCACCCAAUACUGCGAGCGAAACAUCCUGGACAUAGGAAACGUAUGCAGUCAGAGUGAAUUGGCAGAUUGCGGUCUUCCAUGCAAUAUUAACAUUUCGGGGCACAGACAAGAGCUUAUAGAGCCUGCCGCGGAAAGCAACGGGAUAGAACCAGUGGAGAUACUUAGAGUGGAUAAUGAAUGCAACCGAUGUCUGUUCAAAUUUCAAACUAGCGAUGAAACUGAUGAUAGCUUCGACCAAAACAUGUCCGCUAACCUGUCCGAAACGUCCAUAAGUGUUCUGAGUCAAGACGGAGAGUUUGAGGAUAGGAGCAGUGUUGAGAGAGAGGUAGCAGAACAUUUGGCAAAGGGUUUUUGGUCAGAGCUAUGUCCGCCACAAGAGCCGAUGGAGCAAGCGAACAUGUCCAAAGCAACGGAUUUCCAAUGGCUGAGGCAGUUGGACUUGACUUCCAGUAUGGGGGACUGUCCUUUCCUCAGAGACAUGGGGACAGCGGAGGAACAGGGUCUGAGCAGUAGUCUGUCCCAGUCGGAGAGGAGUCCUUGCGUGUCGUCUGUGCCCUCUGGAGAUGAUUCGGACAUGGAUACAGAUGCAGACACGGAGGCCAACAAGAGGAGAGCAGCUGAGAUCCAGUUGCCGUUCCCAGUAGAGCAGAUUUCCAGCCUGAGCCGCAGUGCGUUCCAACAGCUCCUUCGGCGGCAGAGGCUCACUCCGGAGCAGCAGGAGUUUGUCCACGACGUGCGGCGCCGCAGUAAGAACAGAAUGGCUGCUCAACGCUGCCGUAAGAAGAAGCUCGACGGAAUACAGCAGCUGCAGGCCGACAUCAGGACGCUGAGAAGUGAGAGAGAGCACCUGUUGCAGGAGAGGAGCCAGCUGGAGCAGAGCCUGGAGGAGACCCGUCAGAACUUGUGCACGAUGGACCAGACUUCCAGCCUGGAUCCCCCCACCACUCAGCUCCCCCUCUCCCCAGAAACUCCUUCCCCUCCCUCCGUGUCCAUGCCCAUGCCUUCCCAGGUGAAUGCGCCGAUGGUGAGCUGCACCUACACACCAGCAGGGGCAUCAUCAGACUCGGACCACGGACCACGCUUGCAGAAGAAGGAGGUGUUUUCUGCGCCACAGAACUGUCCCAUAUCUGCGUCCAUCUUCAACAGUUUGGACAUGGACACGUUUUGAUUGGACAGAUAAAUCACAUGCAAAGAUUAUACUGUAAAGUUAAAUUGGAGUACAACUUUAAAUUUUAUGAUUUUUUUCUUUAAGGUCCUAUUUUAUGCAAACAUGACUCUCACUGGCACUGUGCAAGUUUUUACGU